ACCCUGUGCGCAGACACACACACACACACACACACACACACACACACACACACACACACACACGCGGCGCGCACAGACACGCUCCCUCCCUCCGGCGCGCUCUACCCCUCGCCCGCCCGCCCGCCAGCCGCGCACGCAGCCGGCCCCGGCUCCCCGCGCCCCGCGCCCCGCGCCCCGCCGCCGCCGAGCGAAGCCGGGCUGGGCUUGGUGCUGCCCAUGGAGAAAGUGCCGGGCGAGAUGGAGAUUGAGCGCAGGGAGCGGAGCGAGGAGCUGUCCGAGGCGGAGAGGAAGGCGGUGCAGGCUACGUGGGCCCGGCUCUAUGCCAACUGCGAGGACGUGGGGGUGGCCAUCCUGGUGAGGUUCUUUGUGAACUUCCCGUCGGCCAAGCAGUACUUCAGCCAGUUCAGGCACAUGGAGGAGCCUCUGGAGAUGGAGCGCAGCCCCCAGCUGCGGAAGCACGCCUGCCGCGUCAUGGGGGCCCUCAACACCGUCGUGGAGAACCUGCACGACCCCGAGAAGGUGUCCUCUGUGCUCGCCCUGGUGGGCAAAGCCCACGCCCUCAAGCACAAGGUGGAGCCGGUGUACUUCAAGAUCCUCUCUGGGGUCAUCCUGGAGGUGAUCGCCGAGGAAUUUGCCAAUGACUUCCCGCCCGAGACGCAGAGAGCCUGGGCCAAGCUGCGUGGCCUCAUCUACAGCCACGUGACCGCUGCCUACAAGGAAGUGGGCUGGGUACAGCAGGUCCCCAACGCCACCACCCCACCGGCCACGCUGCCCUCCUCGGGGCCGUAGGGUCCCUUCUGUCCUCCCCCCUCCCUGGCAGCACCUUGCGCAGAAGGCCGAGCUCUGAAGACCCUCCUUGACCCUCCAUUUCCGGGUGCCAAGGAAGCUGGAAGAAUCCCUGACUCGUCUUCCUGGAAAGAGGCCUCUGCCUCAGCCACAGUCCCCCUGGAGCCGCCGGGAGGUGGCACUGGAUGCUGACCCACUGGGCGGCGGGUGGCCUGAGGGGUGGGGGUCCCUUCCUCCUUGAAGAGCCAGGCCCACUCUUCUUAGCUUUUCUACUCACUGUCAGAGACCUAGCUGAGCAGCUGGCAGGAAGCGGGGCCAGGCCUGUGAGUCACGGCGGGCAGGCGCCUGCCCCGUUCCCAUCUGUCCGGCCAGCAUGCAGGUCUCCACUCCGCCUAUCUAGACUAUCACGCACACGCACCCACCAUAUACACAGAUCUAUUCUAUAUACAAUCUAUAUGCGUAUAUACAGACAUAUCUGCGACGUGUACCCACGGGGCCCAGAGGCGCACGGGAAGCCUCGCCUCUGCCCCUCUGCGCGUGGGGCAGGGAGGGGUCCCAGUCAUGCUUCUGGGCAGAGGAGAGAGUAUGCAGGCCGGGCUGGGGGUGCCACAGCCGCACAGAGAGGACCUGGGCCUGUUGGCAGCAUUGGGGUGACCCAGGGGCCUGCAUGGGCAGGGUGGGGGUCCCCGCCUUCCCGCCCUCCACUUCUAGGCAAGAAGGGUUUGGUUCUCCCCGCCUUUGCCCCGCACGCGAGGAUGUGCGUGGCUCCCUGCCUCGCUCCCCAGCGGGCAAGGGCAGACAGAGGGCAGAAGUUCCGGAGAGGGUGGAUGUGCUGGGGGAGGGGCCACGGUAAAAAAAAAAACCCUAAUGCCAGCCCCAUCUGCUUUUGUCACUAAGACAGCCCCAGAGGGAGGAGGGACGACGGUGACAGGACCAGAUGCCUCCGGCUAGUCCUGGAGCUCUGGGGGCCCAGGGCCCCCUCCCCCGCUGCUCCCGGCUGUGGGCUGGCAGUGGGCCCUGCCCGUCCACCUGGGCCCCCGCCGCCGGGGGCUAUGCCCGGUGUGUGCCCCUUGGUCACGUGUACCAUCCUCAAGGAUGUUUCACUGCUGUGACUAGCGCGCCUGUGCCCCUCCCGUCCCAUCCUUGCGCAGCCGUCCGUGUAACUGCCUGCCCUCCUUUUGUAGUUUCUGAUGUUUGUAACCAGACCCAGCCGUGUCAUUAAACAGACUCCU